GGCGCUUCCCACGUUUUCUCUCCGGAGUGACGCGUCUGGAUUAAACUCUCAGCCGGAGCUGAUGAUCGAUCAGGAACUAUCGGCUCGUGUUGGUGAUCGAUCAGGAACUAUCGGCUCGUGUUGGUGAUCGAUCAGGAACUAUCGGCUCGUGUUAGUGAUCGAUCCCCGAUCAGGAAACGAUCCUCUUGGUUCUUCCUCCGGCGGACGGAGUCGCUGCUCCCCGGCUCGGACUCCUCUUCCCGGGUCGAGCAGCGAGCUGCUGCGGCGGAGCAGGGACUCAUCUGGACCAGGACUCUGGUCCCCGGACAGGAAGUCACCUGGUGAGGACACCAUGUGGCCCCCCCGCGGCCUCCGGCUGCUGCCCUCCUGCAUCCUGCUGGUUCUGCUGGUUCUGCUUGUCCAGUUUCCUCAGACGGGGUCCAGACCGGCCACGGAGGACUUGGACAGAGUCGACGCUGUGAAGUCCUCUGAAGACGAAGAGGACGACGAGUCUUCAUCAGAGGAGAACAAGAAGUCCACCGAGCUGAAGACGAGCAGCGAGAAGCCCCAAGCUCCUCAGUGGGUGGUGCCAGAGAAGAUGGAGAAGCAGCUCCACUCCGUCCCCGCCAGCCGGACCGUGAGAUUCCGCUGCCCAGCCUCGGGGAACCCGGUUCCCUCUCUGCGCUGGUUGAAGAACGGGAAGACGCUCAGGAAGGACCAGCGCAUCGGGGGCUUCAAGAUCAGAGACCACACCUGGACCCUGAUCAUGGAGUCCGUGGUCCCGUCAGACGAGGGGAACUACACCUGCGUGGUGGAGAACCGGCACGGCGGCCUGCAGCACACCUUCCUGCUGGACGUCGUCGAGCGGUCCCCCCACAGGCCGCUCCUGCAGGCCGGGCUGCCGGCCAAUCAGACGGCUGUGGUCGGAGGCGACGUGGACUUCGUGUGCCGCGUGUUCAGCGACCCGCAACCGCACGUCCAGUGGCUGAAGCACAUUGUGGUGAACGGCAGCCGCCAUGCGCCGGACGGGCACCCCUACGUCCUGGUCCUCAAGGUGGGUCCAGGUCCUCAAGGUGGGUCCAGGUCCUCAAGUGACGUAGUGCGCCCCCUGCAGACGGCGAGCCUGAACAGCACGCAGAAGGAGAUGGAGGUGCUGAGGCUGAGGAACGUGAGCGCGGGCGACUCGGGCGAGUACACCUGCCUGGCGGGGAACUCCAUCGGCGUGUCGCACCACUCGGCCUGGCUCAGCGUGGUGGACGACCCGCCUCCCGCCCCGCUGCCCUCUCCCACCUACCUGGAGAUCUUCGUCUACUGCCUGGGCCUCUUCUUCCUCAUCGUCCUCACGGCCGCCGCCGUCCUCUGCCGACUCUGCCGCGGCCAGAAGAAGAGCGCCUUCGGCGGCGUGCGGAAGCUCACCAAGAGCCUCCCGCUGAGGAGACAGGUGUCGGUGGAGUCCUCGUCCUCCCUCCACUCAGGGAUGUGUCUGAUGCGUCCGUCUCGUCUCUCCAGCGCCACGACCACCGUCCUGAUGGGCGUGUCUGAGUACGAGCUGCCCCACGACCCGGCCUGGGAGCUUCCUCGAGACCGCCUGGCCCUGGGGAAGCCUCUGGGUGAGGGCUGCUUCGGCCAGGUGGUUCUGGCGGAAGCUUCCGGCGUGGACAGAAACAAACCGACGCGCCUCUCGAAGGUGGCGGUGAAGAUGCUGAAAGCGGACGCCACAGAGAAGGACCUGUCGGACCUGAUCUCCGAGAUGGAGAUGAUGAAGAUGAUCGGCAAACACAAGAACAUCAUCAACCUGCUGGGGGCGUGCACGCAGGGCGGCCCCCUGUACGUGGUGGUGGAGUACGCCUCGCAGGGCAACCUGCGGGAGUUCCUGCGCACCCGCAGACCGGUGGGCUUGGAGUACUGGAGCGGGCCGCAGCGGGCGCCGCUGGGGGGGCCCGAGGUCCGGGAGCUGGUGUCGGCCGCCUACCAGGUGGCCCGAGGGAUGGACUACCUCGCCUCCAAGAAGUGCAUCCACAGAGACCUGGCAGCCAGGAACGUUCUGGUCACUGAAGACGACGUGAUGAAGAUCGCCGACUUCGGUCUCGCCAGAGACGUCCACCACAUCGACUACUACAAGAAGACCAGCAACUGUCCUCAUGUCCUAACAUCCUCAUGUCCUCUUGUCCUCACAUCCUCACAUCCUCAUCUCCUCGUGUCCUCAUGUCCUAACAUCCUCAUGUCCUUUUGUCCUCACAUCCUCACAUCCUCAUCUCCUCGUGUCCUCAUGUCCUUGUGUCCUCAGGGCCGUCUCCCGGUGAAGUGGAUGGCCCCUGAAGCGUUGUUUGACCGCGUCUCCACGCAUCAAAGUGACGUGUGGUCGUUCGGGGUCCUGCUGUGGGAGAUCUUCACCCUGGGGGGGUCUCCGUACCCCGGGGUCCCCGUGGAGGAGCUCUUCAAGCUGCUGAAGGAGGGACACCGCAUGGAGAAGCCCUCGGCCUGCCCCCAGGAGCUGUACCUGAUGAUGAAGGACUGCUGGCAUGCCGUCCCGUCCCGUAGACCCAGGUUCUCUCAGCUGGUGGAGGACUUGGACCGCACGCUGUCCCUGAUGGCCGACCAGGAGUACCUGGACCUGGACCUGGACCUCCCUCUGGUCCAGUACUCUACGGUCUCCGCUCACUCCGGUUCCUCCACAUAGGAGGAGGUCCUGAGACCUCCUUCUCCUUCCUGGACCCCCUUCAUCCCGGAGGAGACUCAGACCAUCGGAGGACCAGCCGGACCGAGCUGGACCGAGCCGGACCCCCUGGAGACCGCAUGAAGCAGCAGCUCCUCCAGAGGGACUGAGAGCUGCUGCUGGGCAUCAUCAUCGUCAUCAUCAUAACAAUAAUAACAACAAUAAUAAUAAUAACAAUAAUAACAAUAACAACGAUGUCCUGGGUGUGAAUAGUGUAAAUAAUAAUUUAGUUCUGUGGGAGACCAACUGGAUUUAAAGGAGAAGUUCGUAAAGAGAAACGCUCAUGAACUGACGUGAAGACAAAUCAUCAUCUUUAUUUUCUUUGUGCUUUUUUAAUUUUUUUAUUUAUUUUGCGCCAAUAUUUCCGUGAGUUCCUCCGGAUGAUGCCGCGUUGCCAAAGAAUGAAACGCAGAACUUAUUCACAGUAUUAAAACCUCUCAAGUUCGA